AUGUCACUAUCAAACACACUGUCCCUGUUAUUCGGCGAAUUAGAGCCGUGGGUCGUGAUAACUCUUGGCUUUGUGCAUAUUUUAAUAGUUUCCGUCAUAGUUUUGCACAGAGACAAAUUGACAGAGAAUGCAAAGCCUGCGCCGCAGAUAGUAGUGACACCUCCGUCAACUGAUCCAUCAAUUAAUGAAAAUAUUGGGAAGGAAGAAAACAGCUCUUCAAACAGUGACAUUAAAACGGAACCAGUCACUGCCUACUGCAGCAACGGAUGUCAGGGCGCAUGCGCUUGUCCAGCCUUGGAAUCCCAUCUGGACAUCCAAAGGAAAAGUGAUCCCACAUUGACGCCGCUCUCUUCUGAGCUUCCCACUCCACCUGGUGAACGAACACUCGAGCCUCUUCUACAAUCAGAAAGUCGGAGCAUGCGCAAAUUUAGGCAGAAAAGCACAGAUGAAAAAUUAGCUAUCCAGUACUUCAAAGAGAAAUCCCAAUGGGAGUCACUUAACGCCGGAAGUGCGGGAACAGGAGGUGAAUUAGACAUGGGUGAACGAAGGAAAAGCGAAAGUAAAGAUAGCUACAAAGGCAAGGCAGCCAGCCGGAGCAUGCCCAUCUUCCGAAAGAAAAGCACGGAUGAAAACAAAUCAGUUUCAUAUGUCGUAGAUAAACUGCACCGGAAAUCAGAUGACGUGGUAGGUAGACGAAGAGAAAGUGAAUUCACCACAAGUGAGCGUAGAGGAAGUGAAGGGAAAAAAAGCACAAACAAGGGACGCAAGGACAGUUGGACUUCAGAUAAAUCCCGCCGAAAGUCACCUGACACCGGAAGCGUACAAUCAGGAAGUGAACUUGACGGAAGUAAACGCAGAGGAAGUGUACAAUCAGGAAGUGAACUUGACGGAAGUGAACGCAGAGGAAGUGUGGGGUCUGAAAACUACAAAACAGAGCGCAAGAUGAAUCGAUUUCAGAAAUGGCGAAGACGUUUGUCUGGAGCCAAGAAAGAAGGAAAUAAAAAUAAAGAGGACACCAGCAUUGAAGUCACUCAAAGAACCUCCAAACAGGACAGAUUCUUUACAGGCACUGCAAGAAAAUAUCACCUCUGA